AUGGAUAUUUCUGUAGAGGCACCAUUGCUCAUGUGUGGCAUGAUCCUCAACGCCAGGAAAGAGACCUACUGGACCAAGAGUCACUUAACUCCCGGAAUCUCGAAGCAGAGGCACCGGGCCAAGAACUUCACAGCCAAGGGCCGCCACCCCAUCGUACCGAAUGUGCCUGCAACCGGGGCGCUGCGGCAGGCCACCACCCGACCCCCAGCUCAGGCGCGACACAAGCGCUCCCCUCCCGUCGUUCCGGCUGCAGAGAGUGGGGUACGGCGGGGGACAGCGAGGACGCCGAAGCACCCCCCGGGCUCCGGGACGCCGCGGCCCAAGACCCGAAGCCGCCCACCUACCGGAACACGGCCCGCGCACGUGCCUAGCGACGUCUCGGUCCUACGCCACCGCCGGUGCCACCAGAGUCCCAGAUCCGCUGACCCAACGCCCCGCGCACCGCCGCGGGCCAGCCACGUGACGGGCCGCGCCAACCCCAAACCCCGAACUUGGCGCUGGACAGCUCGCGCUCCGCUAGGUGCACCCCGCGCGCCAGGCUUAGGCUUGGCCCCGCCCCGGAAGGCGCCCAAUCAGAGAGCGCAGUCAAGCAGGGGCCGCCACCAAACGCACCCGCGCUAUUGGCUGCAGCGGAGCGGCGGGCAGGGCUGGCUGCUCCGGGCCGGCUGGAGGCCUCGUGGUGCAGCUGCGCACCUGGGGCAGGGACCUGUAGGACUGACCCGCUUAGGCUGCAGGUCUGCUCUCCUGGGGCUGAAUCUGAGUGCGGAUCAGCUGGCCCUGGUCUACAGCACGCUGGGGCUCUGCCUGUGUGCCGUCCUCUGCUGCUUCCUGAUGGUGGUGGCCUGCUUCCUCAAGAAGAGCGGGGGUCCCUGCUUCUGCCAGCCCUGCUCAAGGCCCUGUCAAAGUCUGGCCAAGUCUUCCCAAGAUCACGAGACGAAAGCCAGCAGCCUUGUGGGCACAUCACCUAAGCCAGGGGAGACCUGCAGCUUCUGCUUCCCCGAGCACAGCACGCCCACCCAGGAGAGCGCGGUCAUACCUGGGACCCUCAACCCUGUGGGUGAUGGAAGUGCCCUGGAGGUGAAGCAAAGAUGGCAGGAAAUAAAAUGCACUGACAAGUGGCUGAAGAUGCUUGGAGACUGGACAAAAUAUGGGAGCAGCAAGAAGGUAACAUGGGGAGGGAGCAUUGUGUACAAAGGCAUUCCCCUGGUGGUGCGGGGCUGGGCGUGGUCACUCCUGCUAGACAUUGACAAAGCGAAGGCUGAGAACCCAGGGGAAGACAAGGUACAGGUCAUGAAGGAGAAAGGAAAGAGGUCCUCCAGGAUCACCUACCACAUCAAGGUAGAUGUCAGCCGCACCCUGCAGAACCACGUGAUGUUUAGAGAAUGAUUUGGAGUCAGGCAGCAGGAAUUAUGUGACAUCCUCGUGGCCUAUUCUGCAUAUAACCCUGAGGUGGGCUACCACAGGCACCUGAGCCACGUCACCGCCACCCUCCUCCUGUAUCUGCUGGAGGAAGAUGCUUUCUUGGUGCUGGCCCAGCUGCUUGCUGUAUUCUACAGUCGGAAUACUGCCUGGCUCUGGAGGCUUCUAUCAUGCCAGGAGCAGGUGUUGCACAAGUUCUUCCCAAAGAUCAUGAGACACCUGGGCAAGGAAGGGCUGUGUACUGAGGGUUCCAUGCUGAUGAGGCUCCUCCGGUGUUUCAUUGGUGGGAAAUCCUUUGGGUUCACCAUGAGACUGUGGGAUAUGUUUAUCUUGGAGGGCGAGCGGGUACUGACGGCCAUGGCGCAUGCAUCAUUCAAAAUACACAGGAAGUACCUCAUGAAGCUUUCCUGGAGCACCAUCUGGGAGUUUCGGGAGCAACUGUCUCAGAGCUGGGCCCUGGAGGACAACGAGGUCCUCAGGAACCUUCAAACCUCCAUGAAGGAACUCACAAGGAAACACUGGGACCUGCCACCCCCAGGGAACUUCCUACAAAAUGCACAUAGCUGUACCACAGCCUGGGUCUUGCAAUCCAAGGCUGGCAAGGAUUCCUGCAUGUCAAGGGCCUCAGAUGACUUUCAUGCACACCCAAAGACGAGUCCUAGAUGACACCUUCCUGCUCAAAAAAGAAGGAACGAGGGUCAUUGAACGGCGAGCCAGUCACGGAAAGGGGUGAAAUGUGAGUCCGUGGCCUUCCUGACACCCAGACAAGACUUUGGGCACAAAGGCAGGCUGCAGCUCUGGCCACUGACUCCAACCAGCGACGCCCCCAUGCAGGCCGGUGUGUCCUGGCUGCUCUUCUCCCUCCUGCCACCCUCUCCUCGGCUGUCUGUGUUAGGAAAGGAGAAUCUGCCAGUUUUCAGAAGAAAAUGUAGCUUUAUUAUGACAUAGGAAAGACUCAAGUUAUUAGGGGAAGAGGAGGAGUCCUGAAACAGCUCCUGAAAAUGAGAGAGGAAAGGAAGGUGUAAAUAUGUUGGUAAUAAAGUCUCCAACCACAGCA